ACAUUUAUAAUAAAGAGAAAUAAGAACGUGCGCUUCCUGAUCCACUUUCGUCAUCGCCUCCUCACGUGAAUGACGUGAUAUCAGCUGUUCAAAUUUGGCGCGAAGGUAGCUGACGGCAGGGCGCUCUUCCGUCUUCCCUUUUCUUCUCCCAAGUGUUCAUGUAAAGAUGGCCGCUACCUGUAACGAGGCAGCUAAUGGGCUGGCACAGGUGAAAGGCGAGGCGAAAGGAGAGGAAAAGCCAGUGAAGUCCUGUGCUGAUCUUGCGGCUAACAAAAGUGAGGAUGUGCGUCACGAUGAGCACCAGUACCUGGACCUGAUCCGCACCAUCCUGAGGACCGGCAACAAGAAGGGCGACAGGACAGGGACGGGCACGCUCUCCCUCUUUGGGGCGCAGAUGCGGUUCUCACUCAGGGACGGCGUCUUCCCGUUGCUGACCACCAAGCGUGUGUUCUGGCGCGGCGUGGCGGAGGAGCUUCUCUGGUUCAUCCACGGCUCCACCAACGCCAAGGAUCUGCAGGAGAAGGACAUCCACAUCUGGGACGGAAACUCAUCCCGGGAGUUCCUGGACAAGAUGGGCUUCACAGACCGGGAGGAAGGGGAUCUGGGGCCGGUGUAUGGGUUCCAGUGGAGGCAUUUUGGGGCGCCCUACACCAACAUGCACGCUGACUACACUGGCCAAGGUGUUGACCAACUCCAAGAGGUCAUCGACACCAUCAAGAACAACCCAGACGACCGGCGCAUCAUCAUGUGUGCCUGGAACGCCGCCGACAUCAACAAGAUGGCCCUGCCGCCCUGCCACUGCCUCUGCCAGUUCUACGUGGCCAAUGGCGAGUUAUCGUGCCAGCUGUACCAACGGUCGGCGGACAUGGGCCUCGGGGUGCCCUUCAACAUUGCCAGCUACGCCCUGCUCACCUACAUGAUCGCCCACAUCACCGGCCUCAAGCCCGGCGACUUUGUGCACACGCUCGGCGACGCACACGUGUACGUCAACCACUGCGAGGCCCUGGAGGAGCAGCUCAAGAGGGAACCGAGACCUUUCCCUAAGCUGAGGAUCAAGAGGAGCGUCACGUCCAUCACCGACUUCAAGAUGGAGGACUUUGAGCUGGAGGAUUACAAACCGCACCCCAAGAUCAAGAUGGACAUGGCAGUGUGAGUGGCUGGGACUUGGGUGGGGUUGUUUGUCAGUUUAUUUCCAUCAUUCUUCUUAGUAUAUUGUUCGUAACUAAGGAAAAAACUGCCGUGGAAACCCUAACAAAUGCAUAUAAAUGAAAACUUUGAUUAUAAGAGUCUUUGGGUGUAGAAAUGAAAACUGUCAGAAUAUAAAAGCGUUUGGGGUGUUUCCGGUAAUCUGUUCCCACUGUUCCUCUUAGUAACUUGUGUGUAUCUGAGGAAAUAACUGCCCUGGAACCCCAAACUGAUGUGUAUUAAGGAAAACCAUCAAAAUAUAGAAGUUGUGUUUAUUUUGGUAGUAGAUCAGUUUGCCUUAGAGUACUGAUUGGAAAGGUGAGUACAGUUGUCAUUUUAAGUAUCAGACACCCAUGGCCUAGAUGAAUUUGAGCAGUCUAUUAAUUUGAUGUGCUGGUUAGGUGAGCACUAGUUUUUUUUUUUAUUUUUUUUUUUUAUUUUUACGUCGCGGCCUAUAGCGCCGGUAGGCUUUUUCCCGGUGGGGCCUGAUGGUCGGCCCAAGGCUUCUUCCCGGUGGGUCCUGAUGGUCGGCCCAGCCCGUUCUGGCGCAGGCGAGUGUUUAUAGUGGCGCCAUCUUGCAUUGGCUUAUGCUGCCCUCCCGGAGCUCAUCUUUAAUCCUAGAAUCUAGAGUCCGGGUUGAUAGGUGGUCUUCUGGACAGCAUGUGGGUAGUUUUAAGCCACUCGGCGGUGGCUGAAAAAUCCCAGCUUGGUGGCACUGGGCGGGGAUUGAACUCGCGUCCUCCUGAACGCGGUGGUGUUACUCUGUCGAUUCAGCCACCGCCUCCCCCAGUUUAGUCUAUCUUUUAGCUCUCACCUAACAAACACGGCAACAUUUCUAUUGAUUUCGCUCAAAUUCUAUACAGUUGACCUAAGGGUGUUUGAUGCUUCUUUUGCCAGCUGUACAGACUGGUUACUAUACCGCAACUCGAGGAUCUGCAGCAAGGUCCGGUUGGCACAUCUUAUUAUUCCAACCUCUUGUGUUCACUGCUAAGAGGAGGAAUCUUCUCGGGACCAAUAUACCUGUAGCUCCUUGGAUAGUAUUAUAAUUUUAUAUGGGUCUUUUUUAUUAAAUGCUAAUCAUUGGUA